AAAGAGUAGUGAGAACCGAAGGGGAUCCAAGUCGACAAGAAACGAAAGAUGGGCCAAGUCUAUGUCAUUUGUAUUUGAUAAUUCAUUGUAGAAUACGGCAUUAAUCAAUGUCGUCCUCUUGGUUAUAGAGGCACGAACACCCCUGGCUGCAUAUGAAAACGAUUAUUUAAUGAUAUUGGCAUCAAAGAAUUCUUUACAUUGGAAAUAAUCCUUUUGCUACAAAUCUGAUACAAUCACUAUUCUGAACUAUUUCUUCUGAACUGAGAUAUACCGGAACAUUCCUGUCAGUCGCUCAAAUCAGACAAAAUCAUUCUACGGUAUGAUUUUUGCUUGUUAAUUCAGUAUGGAUUACAAAUUACUGAAGAAUUUCUAGCAGAUGUACUUACUGACAAAGACCACAGCUGAUGGAAAUUUAACAGUGAAUUGUUAAGUAUUUGUUUGGAACCAACUACAAAAGCAACAAUAAAUACCUGUAUAUUUUGGUGAGACCAGAAUAAUUAUGGAAAAUGAAUUGUGUGAAAACCAGGAGGAAUUUGAAACAGAUUUCCAGAAAGUUGAUUCUCCUGACGCCAUGAUGAAAGGAACUGGUGAUAUCUACCAGUGUGAUAUCUGUAAGAAGAUAUUUUCACAAAAAUGUAAACUCACUGCACACAGCAGCGUUCAUGCUGGGAAGAAGCCACACCACUGUAGUAUUUGUGGUAACUCAUUCUCUCGCAAAGCAAACUUAGCGACUCACCAACGAAUUCACAGUGGAGAGAAUCUGUACCACUGCGAUAUUUGUGAUAAGUCGUUCUAUCAGAAAGGUCACCUUGUUAACCACCAGCGUAUCCACACAGAAGAAAAGCCAUUCCGCUGUGAUGUCUGCGGUAAAUCCUUCUCUCAAAAGAGCAACCUCACUUCACACAGCCAUGUUCAUACAGGGGAGAAACCAUAUCACUGUGAUAUCUGUGGUAAAACGUUCUCUCACAAAUGUGACUUAAUCAAUCACCAACGCAUUCAUACAGGGGAGAAGCCUUAUCACUGUGAUAUCUGUGGCAAAUCUUUCUCUCAAAGAAGCACUUUGAUUGUGCACAAACGCAUGCAUACAGGGAAGAAGCUGUACCAGUGUUCUGUGUGUGGCAAAUCAAUAUCUGGAACAAGCAACUUGACUAAACACAUUCUCAUUCAUACAGGUGAGAAACCGUAUCACUGUGACAUCUGUGGUAAAUCAUUCUCUUGUGGGAAUACUUUAACCAGACACGAACGUAUUCAUACAGGAGAGAAACCAUAUCAGUGCGAUGCGUGUGGCAAGCCGUUCUCUGACAUUGGCGUCUUAACUAUACACAGACGUACUCACACAGGAGAGAAACCAUAUGACUGCGACAUCUGUGGAAAGUCCUUUUCUCAAAUCCAUAAUUUAACCACUCACAAACGUUCCCAUACAGGCGAGAAGCCAUAUCACUGUGAUAUCUGCGACAAGUCGUUCUCUCGCAAAAAUAACUUGAUUAGUCACCAACGCAUUCAUACAGGUGAGAAACCAUAUUGUUGUGAUAUCUGUGAUAAGUCCUUCUCGCAAAAAAAUAAUUUGAUUGUCCAUAGGCGCCGGCAUACGGGCGAAAAGCUGCAUUGGUGCUCCGUGUGUGGCAAGUCGUUCUGUCAGAAGGUUGAAUUGACUUCUCACGAACGUAUUCAUACAGGUGAGAAACCAUAUCACUGUGACAUCUGUGGUAAAUCAUUCUCUCAAAGACAUCACUUAACAACACACUCGAGUAUUCAUUCGGAUAAAUAACUGUGUCAGUGCCAAAAGUUAGGUUGUGCAAAAUAAAUUAUUCCAUAUUUCUUAAC